AGCCGCACGUGGGCCCCGGCGGAAACCGGGAUCGGGACCACCGGGAUCGGGAACAGCACCGGGAUCCAGAACGGCACCGGGAUCGGGAACGGCGCCGGGAUCAGCACCGGGAUCGGGGCCACUGGGACCGCCCCCGGGCACCGGCGCCUCCGGGAUGGGCACUCCCGCGACCGCCAGCCCCGCGCCAGUGAAACCAGAAGGCUGGAAUUAGGAAGGCAGAGAAUGGAAUACACAAUGGCUGAUCCACACCUAGUGAGGCAGAAGCUGCAGAGGCACCUGGAAGCAGUGUCAGCACGGCAGCAGCUGGCCCUGCACCGGAACCAGGCCCUGCGCCGGGAAUUCCUGCAGCUGGAGGCUCACAUGGAAACCACAGGCUGGGAGAGCAUCUGGAAGAUGGAACGGUACGGAAGGGAAAUUAAAAACCUGUUAUCCCUUCGAGAGGGCAGCUUGUCAGCAGGAGGUGACAAGGAGGAAGGACCCAGCGAGCAGGUGCUGCAGGCCGGAGGACAGGUGGGAAUUGGCACCAAUGCAGCCGUGCCAGGAGAACUGGGCUAUCCAGCAGCAGCCUUGCUGGGCUGCCCCACACCAGCUGCCUCGGCCACAGGAGGUUUGGGCUCUCAGCAGGAGCCCCCUCUCCCUUCCCCAUCCCCUGAUGGGCUCAAUCCCGAGAGCGGCAGUGCUGCUGGAGGGAGUGAGGAGGGAGCAGCAGGACACGGGGACCUGGGUGCCAGUGAGGAAGGCUCUGAGCAGCUCACCUCAGCCUCUGGUGCCAAAGCAGCCCCCCUGAGGCCAGGAAGUGUUCCAGGGGCAAAGCCUAGCCUGAGUAGCUGGUGGGCUCCCAGGGAGGGGAGCAGUGCCAAGCUCCCAGUCCCUGCCGAUGCUGAGGAGGAGGCGAGGCCAAGCAUUCCCAGCCUGCAGCAGGAGCAGAGCAGGGAUACCCACGCUCCAGAGUGCUCCCUGCUGCCCCCACUGAACCCUCCUGUGGCCCAGGAGGAGCCCUUGGACAGCUCAGCGCCACACAGGUCCGGUGGGAUGCAGGCUGAGCUCCAGGAGCUCUGCCAGGCGCUGCAGCUCCUGAAGGGGCUGGUGGAGAGGACGAGCCCCCGGCACCGGGCGCUGUACCAGGGCCAGCCCUCAGGGACAGCAGAGCUGCCCAGUGCUUGUGCCGGGGCCAGGGGGCUGGCUCAGGGUGACCUCAAGGCGAUGGAAGCCGUGGUGCUACGGCAGCUCCAGGCUGUGUCCCGGAGCGCACGGAGCAGGAACCUCCCGCUGGAGAACACCGAUGAGGCCAUGGGCAGAGCAGGGCAUGAGGAGCACGCCAGGGACGCGGAUGCGCUGAGGACUCUCCUGAGCCGCCAUGGCUUGUUCCUGAAGCAGCACCGGGUUCAGCUCCCAGAGCAGGUGGCAGAGAUGUUUGAGCAGCUGCUGGCUCCAGGAGAGGAGGAGCAGGAGCACCAGAUUGUGCUGAGAGAGGCCCUUGCAGGAGAGUGUGGGGAUGAGCCACCUGUGCAGAGUGAUGAAUCCUCUCUCGGCCUGCCAUCGAUCCCGACCAACGGCGGGGAAGGAAAGCAGAGGGAACUGGCACGGCAAGAAGCAGGUGGGGAUCACAGCCACGACAGUCCCGAAGGAAGUGACAGUUUGGAAACACAUUCAGAAAGCAGCUCCUUGUUGGAUGGAAGCACUCCUCCCUUCUCCAGGACUGAAGUGCGGAAGGAAACAGUACCUGCCAUAAAAUCCAAAGCGUUCUGGGGCGAAUCUGACGACAGCAGCUCCGAGCUCGAGGCUGCUCUGCGCCCACAGACCCACGGCACGGAUUCAGACGACUUUGAUGACUUCUACAACUGAGAUUCUCCCACUGGCUUUUGGGAAGAAGCAAACUGUGUUUUCCUUUACACAGUGAGUGUGCCACAGGCUGAAGCACUGCAGGUCACUUAAUUGGCAAAGAAAAUUUAAAUACCAAAUAAACAUACUG